AUGGAAAAUGCCGCUGAAAGGGCUCGAAAGGCUCUGGACGCACUCGUCUACCUGCCAUCUUUGAAGGGGCAGACCAGCAGAUCAGAGGGUUCUACCAACAGUCCUGCCACAGGCGCCAGCCACCACCCCUGCAGGACAUGGGACCGGGGAGACCUGCUGCGGCGCCUGCACAGCUUCAAAUCCAGCACCUGGUUCUGCAAGCCCGCUGGCGCUGGCCCUGUGGAGUGCGCACGCAGGGGAUGGGUCAACCAUUCCAUGGACAUGCUCAGCUGCGAGUUCUGCCGAGCCAGGCUCAGUCUGCCGCUGCCGCCGACACUGCCGCCAGAGGAGAUCAGAGAGAUCGGCCGGGAGUUUUCGGCGCGGCUGGCAUCGGCGCACGACAGCGGCUGCCCCUGGCGGACGGCGGCCUGCGACCCGUCUCUCGCGCAGUUCCCUCCUCUUGACCGGUCGGUUGUGGCUGCCGGCUUUGCCGACCGCGCGACGGCGCUUGGCCGGCUGAAUGUGCUGCCGCCGGUCUCCGAGGACGCCUAUGCACGCAUCAACACCGCCCGCAGGUCGCGGCUACAGCAGCUGCUAGUGCAAGGACCUCAGAGGGCAGGCCCCAGGCUGCAGAUAGAUGUACCAGACUCGCCGUGCUCACCGGCCGCGGGGAACGGGGUGCACACAAAUGGCAGCUUCCAGGGGUUUGAGAUAGCCAGACAGCCAGAGGAGCCCAGCAUGAGCAGCGGAGCUGUGGGCAGCCAGCAGCCGUCAUCCGGCAUUGCAUGUCAAGGGACGCCGGAGUUCACGCGGCGCCAGAGGCUCCUGGCGCUGUGCGGCUGGGAGGUCCUCCAGAUCCACGCUGACUCAUCCGCCAGGUCAGCUGGCUCGCCCUCCGCGCCAGGGUCAAUCGGCCGGGACAACCACAGAGGGGACGCCGUUUUGGAUGCGACAGGCGCUGCUCUGUGCUGUGAGAUGUGCGGCGCGCGUGCCGGGCUGUGGGACUUUGUGCCCAGGAUGGUGCCCGCUGCCCGGUCGGGCAGCCGGCUGAUCACUGCAGGCCUGAGCGGGAGAGACCGGUCCCCGCCAGUCGCAGCGCGCAGCGUGGACCUGUCAAAGACAAUCGCCGGGGGCAGCCUGUCGCCAGAUCAGGCGCCACCCAGCAGCAGCAGCAGCCCAGGCCCCUUCGGCUCAGCUUCCAUGACGCCCCUUGCGUUCGGCGUGCCGACCCCCAGCCCCGCGCCGCAAGGGCAGUCUUCACAGCAGCAGCAGCAGCAGGGGAGUGGUAAGGGGGAUAACUCAUUCUCAUUCCCGGUGCUGCCGGCUGCGGCGGGGGCGGCUGCGCCGCUGCCAAUGGCGUUCCCUGCCGAGGUUCCGACGCCGCAGCCGCAGCAGCCGUCGCCGCCGAUCGCGGACCCUUUCUCGCCCAGGGGAGCGAAGUCGGUGCAGGCGUUUGACCCUCUGCUGUUCCAUCGCACCUUCUGCCCCUGGGUCAACACCGGCACUGACACCGGCUCUUCCCCAGGCGGCAAGCCGGGCAGGUGCGGCUGGCGUUGGUGCCUCGAUUCGCUCGUACCCAGCCCCGGCCCAGAAGAGGAGAGAGACAGCGGAGCAGGCGAGGACCAGAGAUCAAAGGUCGCCGCCGCCAUCCGCAAGCUGCGCGCGUGA